AACAAACCGAGGAGCUUUAUAUACCUCUGUCCUGUGAGGACUGACAAGGAAAGGAAGGGCUAACGCCUAAGCUCCCUGUGGAUUAGUUUUUGAAGUGCAGAAAGCAUUGUGAGACACCACGGUCACUGCACUUUCCUGUAGGCUGGCUGCACAGGAGGUUGGGACUACUGCUGCAUAUACUGCUCUCUCACAACUCUUCCUCUAGCUUCUGCUUUGCUUCCAGCAGUCUUCUGUCUUCCCUGCACUUCACUUCUGCCUCUGACCAAGAUCUCCGGAGGUGGAACCCUUACAAAAUGACAGAAAAUCAGACACACAUCAGUAUCAUGAUGUCAGACUCAAGUAUAAAUGGCAUCCCUAACAGAAAACAAUCUUCUCAAGACCCAUCAGUCAGUGGAGGAACCACUGUGACCUUUCACAACAUCUGCUACAGAGUGAAGGUGAAGAGUGGAUUUAUUUGUUGUCGCAAAACAAUCGAUAAAGAAAUUUUGAGAGAUAUCAAUGGGAUUAUGAGACCAGGACUGAAUGCAAUUCUGGGACCCACAGGCAGUGGCAAAUCUUCGUUACUGGAUAUUCUGGCUGCAAGGAAAGAUACUCAUGGACUGUCUGGAGACAUUUUGAUAAAUGGAGCUCCCCAGCCUGCCAACUUUAAAUGUAUUUCUGGGUAUGUGGUACAGGAUGAUGUGGUAAUGGGAACCCUGACUGUGAAAGAAAACUUCCAGUUCUCAGCAGCACUUAGGUUACCAAAGUCUGUUCCUGAACAGGAAAAGAAACAACGAGUUAACCAGAUCAUCGAGGAACUUGGUUUGACACAAGUGGCAGAUUCCAAGGUUGGCACCCAGUUUAUUCGUGGAGUGUCAGGGGGAGAGAGGAAAAGGACUAACAUUGGAAUGGAACUCAUUACUGACCCUGCAGUCUUGUUCUUAGAUGAGCCAACUACAGGAUUGGAUGCCAGCACUGCCAAUGCUGUCUUGCUUCUCCUGAAAAGGAUGGCAAAGCAGGGGAAAACAAUAAUUUUUUCCAUCCACCAGCCACGAUACUCCAUAUUCAGACUGUUUGAUAACUUGACAUUAUUGGCCACAGGAAGAAUGCUCUACCAUGGGCCAGCUCGGGAUGCUAUUGAAUACUUCAAAUCUAUUGGUUAUGAGUGUGAGCCAUAUAACAAUCCUGCUGAUUUUUUUCUGGAUGUCAUUAAUGGAGAUUCAACUGCUGUGGCAUUGAACAAGACAGAUGAAGCUGACUUGGAAAAUAAUGUUGGAGAAUACAUCAACCAUGAAAAGACUUUGGCAGAGAAGUUAGCAGAGCAGUAUUCCAGUUCUACAUACUACAGAGAAACAAAAGCAGUACUAGAGAAUAUUUCUUUGGGAAAUAAAAAGAAAACAAAGUUCAAUUUCAGACAAAUUACAUACACAACUUCCUUUUUUCAUCAGCUCAAGUGGGUGUCCAGACGUACAUUUAAAAAUUUAAUUGGCAAUCCUCAAGCCUCCAUAGCUCAGCUUUGUGUAACAGUUUUCCUAGGACUUGUGGUAGGUGCCAUUUUCUUUGGAGUGAAAAAUGAUUUUACUGGUAUACAAAACAGAGUUGGUGCAAUGUUCUUCAUGACCACCAACCAGUGUUUCAGCAGUAUUUCAGCUAUUGAACUUUUUGUUGUAGAAAAAAAGAUAUUUAUACAUGAAUAUAUCAGUGGGUACUACAGAGUGUCUGCAUAUUUCAUCUCCAAAUUAAUGGCUGAUCUAAUACCCAUGAGGACUAUGCCAAGCAUCAUCUUCACCUGUAUAGUUUAUUUCAUGUUAGGUUUGAAGCCAACAGUAGACGCCUUCUUUAUAAUGAUGUUUACCCUUAUGAUGGUGUCAUACACUGCCACUUCAAUGGCACUAGCUAUUGCAGCAGGACAGAGCGUGGUGGCUAUAGCAAAUCUACUCAUGACCAUCGCCUUUGUCUUUAUGAUAAUUUUUUCUGGGUUGCUGGUAAAUCUUACAAGUAUCAUGUCUUGGCUUUCCUGGCUCCAGUACUUCAGUAUUCCUCGAUAUGCAAUGACAGCUUUGCAAAUCAAUGAACUUACUGGCCUCAAUUUUUGUGCUGGUAGCACUAACACAAGUUGGAGUGAUGGGAAUGCACAGGUCAGCCAACCGUGGUGUACUGGAGAAGAAUAUUUGAAAAAUCAAGGGGUUGAGGCAACUGCCUGGGGCCUAUGGCAGAAUCAUGUGGCCCUUGCAUGCAUGACAAUAAUUUUCCUUACAAUUGCAUAUCUGAAACUGCGCUUCAUGAAGAAGUUCUCUUAAAACAAAAGCAAAAAUAAAAACAUAGCAGUAAUACUUAUUCUCUACUAGCAUAAGAAGUUGAUUCGUUAAAAAACUCACAACUAUUUUGUUAAUAAAACUCCUUUAUAUUUUUUGCUUCAAAAUUUAACAAAGUUAAUAAAAACUCUUCAGCAUUAGUAAAUAUUUAUUAUAAUAUAGUUUCCUGAAAUUUAUUGCAAGCCUGAAUUCUCCUUAUGGGUAUGAAAAUGAUAAACUAGUAUUAAUUUUUCUAAGAGACCAAAAAGCCUGCUUAGAAUUUGUCAACAUCCAGUCUCCAUCAGCAAAGUAAAUGAUCCUAUGCUUACUGAGUUGUAAAGACCUCUCUGAUUUUGUAUGUACAGAGCAAUAGGCUGACAAGAAAACAGGACUCUAUUUCCCAUUUCCCUUUCUGCAUAUUGCAGCAUGUAGUCAUAAAAUUUGUCAAGGGCCAGAUUUUGGCUGGUGUUUACACGGUUUCAUAUUUGUCAUGGGCAGGAGAAGGCAUAAGAAGUAGGCCUGUGCGAAUAGGAAAGUAUUCAAUUCAGAUUCGGCUGAUUCAGAGGACAGUGAUUCGAUUUGGAGAUUCGGGUCACUGUCCCGAAUCCAUUCUGCCAAAUCAGUUUCAAAAGAUUUGGUGCUGAUUCGGAGAGAUUCAGUGAUUUGGCCAUAAAGUAUAAUGGGGAAUAACUGAAAUACCUAUAACUUUCUCAUUUUUUGGCAGAUGUAGAUGAAAGCAGCAGGGAUGGUAUCCCCUUCUGAGGGCAUAAGGUCUGCCAAGUUUCAAGGAGAUAGGUACAGGGGUUUCUGGGAAAGUGCACCUCAAGGUUCUGAAAGCAAAACUUGUGUCGUGUAUGUGUUAAGGGGUGUAGGUUGUAGCCAUGUUGGUCUAAGGGCAUAGGCAGACAAGGUGCUUUGGGUCAAUCUAAUAUCUUUUAUUAGACCAACUGAAUAGUUGGAGAAAUGCAUCUUAGCAAGCUUUUGGUUUUAAAAACCCUUCGUCAGGCUGAGGAAACAUCUGUAGUUGAUGUGUGUGCUCUUCCUAGAUGGAAGGAAUAGUAAAGAAGCCAGAGGCUGGCAUGCAAUGCAGGCAAGAAAGCCAGUCAGUGAAAAUGUAAAUUGAGGCAGCAGGAGUAAGAGACAGGCUGGGGGGGAGGGGGGAUGUAGCAGGUAAAAGUGGAGAGGUACCUGGGGAGUCAGAUGUCAGCCAGGUUACAGUGUGUCAUAAAUCCAAUGUCUAUAUUGAGUCCAUGAGGUUUUGUAUCUAGGAGGUGGAUGAUGUAAAGUACAGUAUGUUGUUUCUACAUCCCUCCCCCCAGAGCACUGUGAUUGGAAGGGAACUCAGGGAGAGGACUGUGAUAGAAAGGGAACAUAGUCACUGGCCAGCUACAGUUGUCAGUCUUCCCCAGCUUCUCAGUUUCUGUUUCCCUGCAAGACUGCCUUCCAAAUCUUUUCCAAAUCAAUUCAGAUGCUCUGAAUCAAUUCAGAGGUUUUUAUGGGUCUCUCGAUUUGAUUCGGAUUUGAUGAUUUGGCCUCUGAAUUGGGCCAAAUCUUUUCCAAAUUGAAUCAACGACCAAAGCUUUUCACACCCUUAAUAAGAAGCUGUGCAUAUUUUGAAUAGCUUAGAUAACAUCUAGAAAGGAUUUUAGGUCCUAUACUUGUAGGGAUUUCCUGGGGUUACUCCAUUGCUAGGUUUGUAUGGUGCUUCAAAGGCACUAGAAGGAGCAAGAAGGGGAGCAUGGUUGUGGCUCAUCCCUGCCCCACCCGUUUACAUAUUUUACAGAUACCUAAUGGGCUACCAUAGCUUCAGCAUUAUAGAAAUCAAUACAUUUGAGCUGUAAAUGUAUAAAACCCCUAUCAAAAAUUUGAAAAUGUAUUGAAAUGUACAUGCCAAACACUGUUCAUGGUUUCUUUGUGCAGUACUUCAGUUACAGGCAUAGACAUCUCCCUCCUUGACAGCAUAUGUAUCUAACCUGUCAGCCAGAGGUACAGGCAAGUUGAGACAGAAUAUAAAAUAUACUCUUAAUGCAUCAAGCCAAUUGUGCAGCAUAGUCUUCCUGGCUAAGUAUAGACUUAUAAGUAUAAGUAUAGGGGGCAGCUAAGUUGGCUCAAAAUGGUUGCCUAAUAUCAGGUAAGUCAGGAUGGGGGGCUAAUGGAGGGAAGAUUGGGGGUCUGCUGGGGACAGGGGGAUAGCCAUGAUCCAUGGGUGGGGGUGUGUGAUCUGAAGGUGGGGUGGGGUCCCCUCUGCAACGAACCUCCACCCCCAUCCCUGCCCCUUACUUGUGUGGCUCCAGCAGCGGUGAACACUAAUAAAAGCAGUUGCACCUGGAGCAGCUUGUGGGAUGGAGGUUGAGAGGGUUGGCUGGGGAGGAGAGGACUGCAAGAGGCCAGAGGGGCAAAAAAAUAGCACAGUGCUGGGGAUGAGGGAGUGAAAAGAGCAGUCCCAGAGCUGGGACCAGUGCCUGGGUUCUCUCAGCCCCGGGGGCUGAACAGGGAAACUGUAUAGAAGUUCCAUCUACUGGUUUGACCUAAAUUGAAUAAGCCUGAUAUUACAUAGAUGCAGCUUUAUCUUAAACCGAGUUCUGUAAUUUUUAGAUCAGUUUUGUGCAUGGAACUUAUGUACAUUUAGUGGUUUAGAUUCAUUGCUGGUCACUGAGACCUGGUCUGUCAGUGUAAGUUUGGCACCGGGAAGAGCUAAAUUUAAAUUGGGUGGCCAUUUUGAAUCUGACUUAAACUCCCCAGACGUUUGUACUUAGCCCCUAACUCCUAGUAUUCAGCUUAUUCCUUAAAAGCCAGAGACUGAGUCCUGGAAAUCUCAUAUAAUAAUUAGGAUGACAAAACAUUACUAUCAUUAUUCAUGUAAAUUUACAUCACUUUUAAAUUGUACAAAACAGUACUGUAUUGCUAGCCCCAAAUAGGAAUAGGAGUCAGAUACCCCUCCCCCAAUAAUGAGAUUGUCUUAAAAUCUUGAGUAUGUUUUAUUAAUAAGCAUGUGGAGGUUGGUUUUAUUUGUCUGCUGGUGUCUGAACUUUUAAGUGCACUACUUUUGAUAUCUUUCAAAUCUUUCUCUAUAUCUGAGGCCAAAAAAUGUCUUCUUUUAAAGUAAAAUGAAACCUGAUAUUAUCGCAUACAGUUUCUUGAGUCCAGCUACUGGUGUUUAAGGAAAAACACCAGUAUCUGUGACAAAAAGAUCAAUGAAAAAAAGUCAAGAGGUGGCAACAGUAGCUUAACAACAUGUUGCAUCUGUAAUACAUUAAUUUGUUCUUUCAAAACAUAAAUCAAUAAUUUACACUGCAUUUUAAAUUCUGGUGGUUAUGUUUGUCAUGUUCCCUCAUGCUUAUGUGUGAAAAGAAAGGGUAGAUAACUGUGCCCACUGCUUUUAAUAUUCUGUUAAUAAUUUUUAUAACACUAGUGUUUAUUCUUCCUCUCCAUAAAGGAAACCUUGUGUGCUCUAGUGUAACAAAUCAUCUUUGUUACCCUUAGGCCCCCUCUAUACGAUAAAUUUAUGUCAUGAUUAACAUGUUAAUCAUGGCAUAAAUGCAUGAAUGUCGCAUGCCUCUUGAGGCUUGCGGGGCACGGUGACCACUCGCAGGCGGCAGCGCAGUGGCAGCGGUGAGCUUCUGCAUGCAGCUACAGCAGUGUCAGUGGCAGGCUGAGUGGGGAGCUCCCACAGGUGGCUGCGGUGGUGACGGCGGUAGGUGAGGGGGUAGCGAGUGCCAACCGGCAACUACCUGAAGACAAUCUUGCGUCAGCAGAAGCCAGUCUCAGGGGGUGCACCGCCAAUGCGUAAGUGGGAAGGGUGCUUCUUGGGAUUUCAGAGCAUACCAUUUUUCAUUAGUACAAUGUCAAGUAAAACGCUUCUUUUACUAAAUUAAAAAUGGUCUUUGGUAUAUAAUUGGGUAUAACUGCGUGUUUUCUCAGUGUCCUAUCUACCACUUUUCAUUUUCUUCCUCAUAAAUUUAUUUUAGUGAACUUUCCAUUUAUUUUAACAUAACAGCAAAAUAAGUAAUGUAAGCUAUAUUUAUAUUUUCAAGUUUUUUAUUCCCUUGUUGCUGUUUAUUUACGUCUUUCUGUAUCUUAGCUGUUGCUGUUUUUUAAAGUCUUGAAAGAACCCAGUUAUCAUAACCAUAGUGAUGCAAGAUAAAAUAUUUCUUACAUCAUGGCAUUUAUCAAAUGUGUGGAGCAAUGUUUCAUAAAAAUGUUUUUACUUUUAUGAUAAUGAUUAAAAAUUGGAAAACUAUUAUGUCCAGUAGAUAUCACUGUUAUAGACUGAAUGAUGAUUGCUCACUCUGCCAUUAUUUAUUACGGUGGCAUUCUAACUAGGUUAGAGGAGAGACCCGGGUAUUCAGUCAAUCAGGGCACUUUGGCUGUAAAAUUAUGAUUUUUUAAAAACAUAUAUUGCACAACUGAGUUAUUUCUAAAUAGCUGAAAUUCCAUUUUUAAGUUUUUAAAGAAAUAGUGGUUAAUAGUUUAGUAAUCCAAAUGACAUGUAGCUUUUGCAUGGUGUUACAAAUUGCUAGUUAUUUGUGUUGCUUAUAUUUCUUUUGCUAUUUAAUUGACACAUGAAAUGUUUCUCACCAUUCACUGAACUAAUUUUAAUUGUAUGUAGCUAAGUAAUUUUAAAUGUAUGUAUGAAUAGUACAAGGGUAGCUAAACUGAAGCUUCCAAGUUGAAUGCAUCUCCCACGCAGUUUAAAUAUAGCUACUAAUAAAAGUCAUUUAAUGGCAAAAUCUUAUUUAAAUGGGAGUGGUGUGUGCAGAUCACUGAUUGCAAAAUGUGCAUCUUGAAAAUUGUGUCCCGCGACUCUUGCAAGUGUCAAAACUUUGAUCUGUAAUGAAGUUGAGGUAAAUUGGCCAUUCUUGUACUAUUCAAUUGUGCUUCUAUAUUACAUAUUACACUUUAAAUAAUAACCAGCUUUUCUAGAGCCUACAUUCAAAUGAGCAGGGGGCUGGACUAGAUGACCUCACGAGGUUCCUUCCAGCCUCACUUUCUUAUGAUCCUGUGUAAUCUUAACUGUACAGUAUAUUCAACUGACAUGUUCCUGUAUACUAAAAAUAAUUUUUUAUAUAACUGAUAUUUAUUGAGACCUCCUAAAAUCAUUUAGUAUAUAACAAGCAGGUUAAAUUGGAAUCUAAACAGGAUAUUCUGUUGUUAUUGCCUUAGAGUAAGAUUCUUAAACAGAUAACUAUGGUUUUGUACAUUACAAAUAAAGAAACUUUAAUCUUG